AUAUCGCGCAACCACCAAUGGCAGCGUAGCCCCGCGGAGGCGGCAGCCAAUGGGCGGCGGCGGCGCGGAUGUUGGGCCAUGGCGGAGGCGCGGAGCGGCGCUGAGGAAGGACAGGGCGGCUCCUCCGGUUCCCCCGCACCGGGGACAUCGGGCCGUGCCCAGCUCUUCACCACCGUGGUGGACACGUUCCUGGAGAAACUCGUGGCAGCCGGGAGUUACCAGAGGUUUGCAGACUGCUACCACUGCUUCUACAAGCUGCAGCCCCUGAUGACGAGGAGCAUUUACGAACAGUUCGUAUCCCAGCUGCAGGCGUACAUCAAGGAGGAGAUUCAGGAGGUAAAGGAGGAAGGGAACCUGGAGCAGCUCCUGAAUUCACUGGAUAAGAUUGUGCAGGAGACAGAGAACCGGGACGAGCCUGCGUGGCGGCCCAGCGGGAUCCCCGAGGACGACGUUCGCAGCGCCGUGGUGCCGUACCUGCUGAAACACCGCUCCUACCUGCGCAAGGUCCUGAGGCAGAAGGAGGAGGAGAACGGCAGAGUGGCGGAAUCCGUGCUGGCGGGGAGGGAGAGAAUCGCGGAGCUGCAGCGGCUGAUCCAGGCUCGCAAGCACGCCUGGCAGGCAAUUAGCAAAGAGCAACGAGAGCUCAUCAGGACGUUCACAGAGCCCCAGUGACGGGAUUUAUCGCCGACGUCCGUUGGGCAGCGGGACCGUGCGCAACGCGUUCAAAGCGCCAGGAAUUCGGCGCUUCUCUGGUCACCUCCUGUCCCCUUCGUGCCAUCCCGAAGCUGCGAUUUCCACCGCGGUCGAGCCUCUGUUUCCUGUUACAGCCAGAACCUGCCAUGACUGCCUUAGACAUAGUUCUGCUGUGUCGUAAACAAGCCUUCCCCUUGCUGCAUUAUAAUCUAAAUAAAUUGGAGCUGUUGUUCCCCGG